AUGGACAACCUCUUCGAAGCCUCGCCCGAACAGUCGCCAGUCACCGGGAGCUUCAAACUGUGGAGUCCCAUGGCCGGCCUGAAGAUGUGGUGCCCGGAACCAGCACAGCUGGUUCCCACCUACGGCUUCACCGACAUGCCAAAAGAGUGCAUGCACGCACUCUAUACUCAUAUAAUGGACAACUACUACGACGAGGGGGUGUACGACUACCUUGCCGCUGUGCGCGGAGAUCUCGACGCCACGUUGCCCGACAGCGUAGCGAAGCUAGACAAAGAUGAUUUCACGCUCCGGAUCUCGGCAGCGGCGUACUUCUCCAUCGAACCAACCGAAUCAGACAUCGGCGGCCUUAUACCAUGGGUUCUGGCCGAGAUGAAAGAUUACAUCGAGCUACUUGAUGCGGACAUGGACGCAUAUGAUUUCGUGGUAGCGACGCAGCUGGAUCUGCCGCUAGCUUUGACCUCGCCUCUCUAUGUUUCUGAGGCUAAUGCGAUCGUCAAGCUUCCUUCUUAUACCGCAAUUGACGGAUUCCAUAGCGGGCCUGUCCGUACGCUGCCAUACAGUGCUAGCGAGUGCGGGAUGCCGCUUGAUUGUCUCGCGGCAUUUGAGGACUAUUUUAUUGAUCUCUACUUCGAGGAAGGCACCUACUAUGCUGAUGUCGAGAUGGAGGCACAUCGGAGCGAACUCAACAAGCUUCUCAAAUAUCAAGCCCAGCUCAAGGCACAGCAGAUUGAACUCGAGCAGAGUCUCGCACAUCAUGAGUACCUCUUGUCGUUAUUUGAUAAUGAGGGGCCUGGCUUCGACGAGAUCGAGAUGGAGAUGGAGAGCCAUAGCUCUGUUCAGCAUGUCGACGCGCAAGAGUUUGUUGCAAAGCUCGAGGUUGUUGAUAUCUCUGCUGUCCCAGCCGAGGACUUGACGUGCAUGUACUGCUGGGGGAAACUAGGGGAGACAGACGAAGAUCCGAUUGAGUUGAAAGCUGGAAUCAUCCAAGCAGACCACGUCCCAGUCAAGAUGCCGUGUCCUCAUGGCCAUCUCAUUGGCAAGACGUGCUUGACGCAGCUCAUUGACGCUGACAUCCACCAGUGCCCUAAGUGCCGUGUAGACAUUGUUGCUUUGGUCGGUUAA